GACCGAAAGCUGCAUUCCGCCCCACCCCUUACAAACAACACCAUCAUCACUGUACCAAAAUCAGGAAGCACCGAGACACGUUAAUUUUUUUAUUUUAUUUUACGGAGACACUUUGGUGAUUACAGCAAACGACGAACCAUAGAGGGGAAAAGGCGUUAUUGUGACCACCGUCGACCACUGCUGAAAGAAGACUCUCAGUUGGUUACAUCCAGUGCAAGGAUCAGCUGUGGAUGCAUUUGACACAGACUAACCGGAGAAGGUCUCUGUCAGCAGCAUGGGCCAGCAUCUAGGAAAGAGAGAGUCACCCACAGACAGCAAGGCUUCGUCACCUGAACCCAGAGCGGCGCAGAAAACAGCAGCAGCAGCAGCAGAUCCUGAAUCACAAGAUGAAGUCUUUGGCCUGGGUGAGGCAGAUGCAAACCAGAACAAUGGCUGCGUCUCGGAGAAGCCGGCGGUGACUGACUCCACGGGCACUGAGAGCCCCCACCAGCCCUGGACCCCCGCCAGCACAGCUGACCCUGACGCCGCCAUACCACGCCCCCACCUGGUCCGCCUCUUCUCCCGAGAUGCCCCGGGCCGAGAGGACAACACCUUCAAAGAGCGACCCUCCGAAUCGGACGAGCUGCAGACCAUCCAGGAACACAGCGGAGCGGGUUCAGAGUGCGGGUCGGAGAGCCCCGAACAGGAUCUAGAAUAGGCUAGCUUUUUUUUUUUUUCUCCCUCCCUGUCUUUUCUCUUUUCCCUCCUCUGUCUUUCAGUCUCUCAUUUAAGAGAGAGAGGCAAGAACCCCACAUUUGACAAAUAUAAAUAUACUACCAACCACUUCUACAGCCAUGGCAUCUGCAAGCAGCUCUGCACAGGCCGCCUUCGGGCUGGGCCGGAGGAAGAAGAACCCCGGCCUCCUGGACCAGAUUGGAAAGUUCUUUGGAGGGGACAAGAAGAGGAAGAGCAAGGUGAGGAAGCAGGGAGAGUCGUGGUGAAAGCUCAGUUCAUUCUGCUGAUUUACUCUCAGAACCAUUUUUUACUUCUGAUUGUUUAACAGAUUUUGUAAGAAAUUAUUGCAACAUAUUUGUCUUAUAGAUUUGUGUUGGUUUUACUAUUGUUUUUAUGGUGAACCGAAGUCAGACAUUGUCCUAUGAUUCACAUUAACUGUCUAAUAGGUUAUGAUUUGACACUGGAUAAUGACUUUGGGUGGGCAAUGUUUUAUUCUUAAUUGUUUAUUACAAAGAGGCUGUGAUUUUGAAUGAUUUGAGGAAACAUUUCUAUAUUGUUCUGUUUUUCCUUUUUUUUUUUGAAUGGUACUGACAUUGGUAGCAUUUUUCUCUUCAGUUAAAAUUAAUGUAUCCGUUGUAGAUGUGCUUUGGUGGAGUUGUUCACUUGUCGCUGCCGUUAUGCAGUUUGUUUAUAAGAUCAUUUGUCAAAGUAAAGAACAGGUACUUCCCUAAUUGAUGAUGAUGAUGAUGAUGAUGAUGAUGAUGAUGAUGAUGACGACGUGAGAGAUGGGGGUAAUUAAUGAUGUUGUAGAGGCAUUAGGUACUCCGCAGAGUUCAUAUGGCUUUGUAGAGAGUUAGUCUCUUAUUACAUCUGUAAUAAUUCACCCCCAGGGAGGUACUUCACUGUUUGCACGGUAAAGCAGUCUGCUAUGUCACUUUCAAAGUUAAUGAUCACAUUAUGCUAUAAAUGAUCAAAGAGGUGGAUAUUAACAUAUAAUGAUAUAUAGUAGAGUAGGAGCAUAUUACCAUCCCGUUUGGGAAUAUAUACAAGAGUCUAUUCUAUAAAGUAAGAACAGGCUGAUCUUCUCUUGCAAACAAGUGAUUAUGAGGCAUUAGAGCCUGCAUUGCUUUUACAUUUUGUACUCUAGUGUUGUCAAGAUACCAUCAUUUUGUUUUGACCAUUAGUAAAUAUAAAAACUUUACUCAUCAGACACGUUUUUAGGUUGGUGUCCAAUUAGUUUUCGUCUUUGCUUUGGUAGGGAAAGUUCCAUUUGUACUCUUGGAUCCACUUCCAGACAUGAUGGGCUGCUUGGCACUGUUGCCACAGCUAUUAAGAACCAGACUGCAGCUCUGUCGGUUCAACCCCUUUUCAGGCCAUGGGCCUUGCACUCAGUGAUGCCCUCUGGAGGUGACGGUGAAAUGGAAUUUCAGCUUCAGCACCACAUGCGGUGAAAAUAUAGUGUUCACCUACAGCAUUGAUAACACAUUCAUUUGGUUGGUUUAGUUAUCCUGACAACACUACUGCAACACGCUAAAGCUAAAACCCAAAGCCUCUUGUAGUGCUUUUAGAAAGAGGAAAUACAACUGUUGCUAUAUGUGUUCCAUCAUGAGUCAUGUCUGCUCAUUUUGGCCGCUGUCUUAAAACAUGGACUAUACUGAUAUUGGUUUAAAAGAGGAGCUGUAGUACAGUAAACCACAGCUGAGGACAAAAGCACCUUCUUUUUUUCUGUUCAGCCAACCCUACAGAGUGCCAGUCACAGUGCUUUGGCAAGGUAAUCGCAAAGAAAUGAUUCAGCAGUAUGAAAAUAUGCAUUUCCCCCCACGCCUUAUAUCAACUAUGAAAAGGUGUUCAGCGUAAGAUUCAGGAUAAAAAUGAUUUAUAUAUACUGUAUGCUACAACUCUUUUUGCUUUAAUGUCAUUCAUGAAAUGUUCAGGGAAAAUGUCAACAGAACAAAUUGUGAAUCAUUCAGUGUUAUGCUGGUGACCCGUUUGCUGCCAUAUUUCUUUGAUUUUCAUAUUCUUAAUGCCAUAAAAUUGUACAUUGCGCUCCAUAUUGAUGACAAGUGUACCAAAACAAAGUUGUUGAAAUAUAUAUUUAUGUAUUCACCAAGGGUUUGCCUUCAAAUGAUGAGUGUUCACAUGUCAAGUGAAUGACAGUUCGCCCCGCCUCUGUUGCCUCCAGUUAAAAAAAAAAAAUCAACCUGCACUAACCUUCUGCUGCAAACACUUAUUUUUUCCAGCAAGACAUCAUCAUUAUAUUUUUUAGCUUUAAUAUCUGAUCUACUUUGUCUGGCUGAGUGCAGAUUCUACAUUCUUUGACUUCUAGGCUGCUGUAUUGUGGGAAACAUUGUGUCAUUGUUUUCUGUUUGAUCUUGAAUAUGCAUGCUUACUUGAGUGAUCCUGUUUUAAUAUUUGGCAGGUGUGUAGCCAUUUACUGAUCUCUCGUGCUUUUUAUGUUCUUCGUCUGAUUUAUAUCCAUAAUUUUCAGUCCAAGCCGGAUGGGCUUUGAGAAAAUGUUAAGACCGUUAGCAAGAGAUGAUUCAUAAAUUGUGAGAUGAUGCCAAAAACGACAAACUCCAGUCUCAGGACAUGAAACAACUGCAGGAAAUCUGCAUUUGAAUCAUCAUUUCAAUUUACAGGGAUAAUUAUGUGGUAAUUGGAGGGGAAAUUAGGUUUGCAUGAAUGCUGGAUAUUCAAGCAAAAAUUAAGACUCAUAAAGAACAGAGAACAUUUUGUACUCUUAAUUUGCAUAAUCAUUUGUUGAAUGACAGAGAGUCAGUCAUAUAAGGCAACAUAUUAAUAUGAUUACUGCAUAUGAAUCGGGCUUUAGCGGAACAGCUCACAGUCAAAACCAAAACUCGUGCGAUACUAACCCCCAGUGUCUUGGAUGAAGAGGGGGUGUCGGCAGCCCCCUCACCUCAGGUUCUUUGACUCAGUCAGAGAGUUUGUUUGAACCAGCAGUGGAUCGGUGCUGAUCCCUGUUUUGUAACGCCUUCACCUUUGCAGUGGAUACGUGUAAGCGUUUGUAUCUGUUGUGAAGUGUUGUGACCGGUGACCUGUUACUAACCUGAUUAUGUUCUAAGCUUUUUUGAAUUAUUGCUUGAUUAAAACUCUUUAACAACA